CGGUCGGGAGGUACAGAGCCAGCAGCGAGCAGCAGCGGCCUUCACCAGACUGCGCCUGCACUUCGGAGGGUCGAGCCACCGUUCAGCCCCUAAUGCGAGCAACAGGGGCCUCCUCCGCCCGCCCGAUGAUGGCCUCUCGCAGCUGCAACACCAGCCGGGCCGGUUCGCAGCCUGCCGCCCACCUUCCCGCCAGAGCGCCUACUGCAGCGGCGGCAGGCGCCCAGGCAGCCCUGCCGGGCAGCGCUAUGCGGCCUGCUGGCAAGCCGCAGCGCUCCGUGGCCGCCGCGGCAGCCUCCGCAGAGCCCAGGACGCAAGCAGCAACGCCAGAGCAGGGCCUGGCCAUCAUCGACAUCGACCCCAACCUGGCUGCCCACGAGGAGCACCUGCGGUACCGCUGGAACCAGUACACCUCCACCCUGGCUUCCAUCGAGCAGAACGAGGGCAGCCUGGCCAACUUUGCAAAGGGCUGCGACCGCUACGGCAUUGUGCACGAGAAGGGCAAGUUGGUGUACCGCGAGUGGGCUCCCGGCGCCGCCGAGGCGCAGAUCAUCGGCGACUUCAACGGCUGGCAGCCCACCCCCAUGGAGCGCGACGAUUUCGGCACCUGGAGCGUCAAGCUGGAUGAGGGCGCCAUCCCCCACGGCAGCCGCGUGAAGAUCCGCAUGCGGCACCCAGGCGGCUGGUGGGUGGACCGCAUCCCAGCCUGGAUCAAGUGGGCCACAGUGCCCCAGGGCGUGAUGGGAGCCAAGUACGACGGCAUCCACUGGGACCCCCCGCCUUACGAGCGCCACGUGUGGCGCAACCUGCGCCCGCGCCGCCCCGCGUCGCUGCGCAUCUACGAGGCACACGUGGGCAUGAGCUCCGAGGAGGACACGGUCGCCACUUACACCUACUUCAAGGACAACGUGCUGCCGCGCAUCAAGGCGCUGGGCUACAACGCAAUCCAGCUCAUGGCGGUGCAGGAGCACGCCUAUUACGGAUCCUUUGGCUACCACGUCACCAACCCUUUUGCCGUCAGCAGCAGAUCAGGCACCCCCGAGGAGCUCAAGGCGCUGAUUGACGAGGCGCACGGCAUGGGCAUCAGCGUGCUGCUGGACGUGGUGCACUCCCACAUCUCAUCCAACGCAGACGACGGCCUGGCGGGGUUCGACCUGGGGCAGCCCGAGGAGGCCAACUACUUCAAGCAGGGCGAGGCUGGGUACCACAGCCAGUGGGACAGCAAGCUGCUCAACUACCGCAACUACGAGACGCUGCGGUACCUGCUGUCCAACCUGCGGUACUGGCUGGAGGAGAUGCAGUUUGACGGCUUCCGCUUCGACGGCGUCACAUCCAUGCUGUACCACCACCACGGCAUCAACUACGGCUUCAGCGGCGGCUACCACGAAUACUUCUCCCCUGCCACCAACGUGGAUGCGGUGGUCUACCUGAUGCUGGCCAACCAGCUGAUCCGCGAGAUCAACCCCGAGGCCAUCACCAUUGCAGAGGAUGUGUCGGGCAUGCCGGCGCUGUGCCGCCCUGUGUCUGAGGGCGGGGUGGGCUUUGACUACCGCCUGGGCAUGGGCCUGCCCGACUACUGGAUCGAGCUGCUGAAGCACGUCAAGGAUGAGGACUGGAAGAUGAGCGCCCUGGUGGGGCGCCUGUGCGACAGGCGGUACACCGAGAAGACGAUUGGCUACUGCGAGAGCCACGACCAGGCGCUGGUGGGAGACCAGACCGUGGCCUUCCGGCUGAUGGGCGCCGAGAUGUACACGGGCAUGUCGGCGCUGCAGGAGCCCACAGAGGUCAUCCAGCGGGGCAUGGCCCUGCACAAGAUGAUCCGCGCCGUCACCAUGGCCCUGGGCGGUGAGGGCUACCUCAACUUCAUGGGCAACGAGUUUGGGCACCCCGAGUGGCUCGACUUCCCGCGCGAGGGCAACGACUGGAGCUACCACUACUGCCGCCGCCAGUGGACGCUAGUGGACACAGACCAUCUGCGGUUCAAGUUCCUGAACGCCUGGGAUGCCGCCUGCCUGGCCCUGGACGAUCGCCACCCCUACAUCUCCUCCACCUGGCAGUGGGCCACCAUGAUUGAUGACGAGAAGCAGGUCAUCGUGGCUGAGCGGGGCCCGCUGGUCUGGGUGUUCAACUUCUCUCCCCACAGCGACUACGAGGGGCUGCAGGCGAGACGGCUGGCUGGGGCUGGGGCCGGGGAUCCAGGGGCGGCCAGCCCGGGCAAGUACCGCGUCAUCCUGGACUCUGAUGCCUGGGACUUUGGCGGGGCGGGGCGGGUGGGCCACGAUGUGGACCACUUCUCGGCGCCCGCCGGCACCGAGGAGGAGCCCGACAAGACGUACUACAGCCGGGGGCAGUUCAUUUAUGUGCUCUCGCCCUCCCGCACUGUGGUGGCCUACAAGAAGGUGGAGGAGGGGCCUGGGGCGCCGCCCGCGGGGCCGCCGCCCGCGGUGCAGGCCAUCUCCGCGGCCGGCAGGAGGAGCUGAGCGGCUGGCUGCCGCCGCCUGUGCCAGCCCUGGUGGCGCCGUGCACCGAGGCCGGCUGCCUGUACCCUCGCGCAGCCCACGCUGUUCUGUUGUUACAUCGCACUGAGAGCCUUGUGCUGAAUUUCAUCGGACCCGUCAGCGAGACCCCUAACGCAUUCAUCCCAUUGACCGCCUCUGUUUCAUUCCUUUUGUUCCCCAGUGAGAGAAAAUCCCUGCCUGCCUGCCUGCCUUUGCGCCACUUCCAAGCCCCUCCCCCUGCGCUCGUGCAGCAGUUACACCCAUGUGUCUGUGCAUGUGCCGUGAGAUACCAUUUUCAUUCAUCCCCCUCGUGCUACACCGCACCCGCGUCUGUUUUGGGUGCGGUGCAAGCCUGUUGUCACAUCAAGCUCCU